AUGGCAAACCACGAAGAAGAAGCACUCGCAGUGCUGCAUUCACAGCAACUAGAGGCCACUCAAGCAGCUGAUAUUGUCGACGAGCAUGCCGCUGGUCCCACCACGCCGUUUGAAGCAGUCCAGUUGCGUUUGCAAGACCACCCACACGACACGGCAGCAUGGCAGGAGUUGAUUAACAUUGCUGAGGACUCUGGAGAUUACAAAAUGAUCAACGACGCAUACACGGCGCUUCUCAAGGUGUACCCGAACACGGUUCAUGCACAAAUCGCAUUCUUCAGACAUGCUCAAAGGGCGCAUCCCAUAGGAAAGCCAAAGAGUACAGAACCUGACCCAAUUCCAACACCUCAGACAUUGUUUUCUCAAUGGCUAAAGCAGUCACCAGAGAUUGAGAUGUGGAAACUCUAUCUCGACUACGUCCGCGCAAACCAGGCAUCUCCACGCGAUGUAAUAAAGAAGGCGUAUGAAUUUGCACUUCGUUUUGUCGGCCAAGACCGUGAAGCGGGUGAAAUUUGGAAAGACUAUAUCGAGUACAUCAAGGCUGACCCAACGUCGAAUGAUCGCGAGGCCCAAGAGAAAAUGGAUCUCCUCAGAAGCGUGUAUCGACGUGCUGUCCAGAUUCCUCUUGACAAUCUGGAGCAACUUUGGCGAGAGUGGGAUGCGUUUGAGAAUGGCCUCAACAAGAUAACCGCCAAAAAGUUCCUUGCAGACGUGAGCCCUGACUACAUGACUGCGAGAAUGAAGAAGACGGAGCUAUCCGAACACCACAAACGAAUACAUCUAUACACACACCAGCCGUAUCAUGAGCGUGCACCCCUAGAGCUUCCUGUGCCACCGAUUCUGCGCUCAGAGGAGCGUCUCCUGCUCGCCAACUGGCGCAAGUAUCUCGAGUACCUCGCGUACAUCUGGGCUCAGUCGGUCGGCAAGGCUGAUGAUGCGCAAUUGUUUCUAAAGAGCGGUCUCGAUGCAAACCCUGCGUCUUUUCUUCUCAAUUUUGCAUACAGCGAGCACCAGGAACAGGCAAUGCUCAGCUUUCAGGCAACUGCAGGGGUGGAUCCCAAAAAGGUAGAGGAGAAAAAAGCAGAAGGGCAUGAGAUUUUCAAAAAGUUUAUUGGGGUCCUAAAGAAGGAGCUCGAAGACCUCGAAGCUCUCCACAUUUCUGAAGGGGGAACCCCUAUAUCACAGCAGCCCGCGGGAUCGCAGCCUAUCCAAGCCCCAGCGCCGGCACCGAUCAGUAUCGAGGACGACUUGGCACUGAAGGAAAGCGAAGUUUACGGUACGAUCGAUCCCGCUAUCGCAGAAGCAAAAGAACAAGAAAAGGCGCGGCAACUGGAGAAUGAGCGAAGGGAGGCCAUCUUGAUUGCCAAACGCGUAGAGCUGGGUCAGGUCAGUAUUGCGUGGAUGCGGUACUCGAAACGAGUCGGACAGUCUGCCGGGCUUCGAAGUACGUUUCGGGAGAUUCGCGCAGACAAAUGGGUAUGUUGGCAAGUCUUUGAAGCAGCAGCGCUCUUGGAACAUCAAAUCAGCCCUAAUGCAGAUGUAGCCGCCAAAAUAUUCGAGCUUGGUCUUCGUUUUUUCGGCUCAGACGUGGACUACGUCGUACGCUAUCUCAACUUUCUCAUCAACAAAUGCGAUGAAGCCAAUGCGCGAGCGUUGUUUGAGAGAACCGUAACCGCGAUGGAUGCUGAGAAAGCGCGACCUAUCUGGCUUAGAUGGCUGCUGUAUCAAAUGAGCGUUGCAGAUUUGCCGACAUUGCACAAACUCGACAAGCGGGUAGCGGAUGCGUAUCCAAAUGAUCGGACUAUGAAACUAUUUGCCCAGCGCUACAUGUAUCUCGGAACAGAGGUCGUCACCCCACCGGCUGGAAUCGACGCUAUCGCAUCACAUGAUUUGCAAACACCACUGAGAGUUCCAUCCGUGCUCGCAGCUCAACAACCUCCAGUAGUCUCGACGCCGAUACCGCCACCAAGCUCGCCCCCUCCAUCUCACGCAAACGGAACAUACUCGUAUCCUCAUCCAUACAAUCCUCCUGCGUCUUCUGUUCCCCCUAAUGUCGCAGCAGCAGCGCCACGACACCCGAAAGUGGCCUCGCCCCAUCCUCCCAAGCGGCCUCUUCCAGAGCCAGAGGCAGGUAACACUCCAAAAAGAGCACGACGCUCUCCGCCGCCGCCUGCUCAACGACGAGGUGUUCCGCCCCCAGCAGCGCCUCAGCGUAGAUGGGGAUCACCUCCGAGGGAUAGUCGAAGGGAUAGACCUCGUUCGCCUGAUCGGCCAAUGGUUCCACCGAGCGUUAUGCGAUUCCUCUCACAGCUUCCGAAUCCUGCGACAUAUGAUGGACCAAAAUUCAAGACGGAUGAACUAAUCAAUGUGCUCAUGCAAACGGCCCUUCCACCGCCUCCCCCUGUUGGCUCUCGGAUAAGGAGCAGGUCUCCACCACCACCACCACGUGCUACUCGUGGUGCUCCCGACUAUGGACCCUAUCAGGGCCCUGGAGGUCGGCCCCCUCGGAGAUACUGA